CUGAAUACAAGGAAACUGAAAGACUACUGGAAAAUAACUCAAAAUGCAUGAGCCAUUCUUGUUUAUCCAGUAAUGAGGCCAGCAGCUUGUGCUAUUAUGGAGUGAAUGGUUGGGAGGAGGGGGGAAUGUGUGCACACGGCUCCGGCAGAGAGAGCCAAAGCUUCAGACGUCUGCCUGCACACGGCUCAGAAAGCUGUAAACAAGCACUGCACAGAUCCCAGGAGUCCGUGUGCUUAAAAAGAACUGCGUUCUAUUUUUUUGGUGGAAAUCUCUAUUACGACUAUAAAUUAGUCAAUGGAUAUUUUACGUAUUUGUCUUUUUCCCAAUCACAAUUAUACCAACAUCCAUCAGCUCUUGCAGUCGCUUCUAAUUCUGGAUGCAAAAAAAAACCACAAGGUCAUCACAUAAAAGUAAAGCAAAUAAAUAAAUAAAAACAGAAAACGGAUGUACGGUUAAUUAAGAAGGAGUCAACAUGCUUGUUCCAAUAUUUACCCUGAAGCUGAAUCACAAAAUCAACCCUCGCAUGGUUACUGUGGGGAAAUACGAUGGGACGCACCCAUGUUUGACUGCAGCCACCCAAGCUGGAAAGGUUUUCAUACAUAAUCCUCAUGCCCGCAGCCACCGUUUUCCUGCAAAUCGCUUAGUGCAGAGCACGCAGGACUCGGAUAUCUCUCUGCUAAACAUUAACCAAAGUGUCAGCUGUCUAACUGCUGGUUUGCUGGACCCUCAACUGGGUUGUGACUCGCUUAUAGUGGGAACCCAAACCAACCUCUUAGCCUAUGAUGUUCAUAACAACUCUGACCUGUUUUUUAAAGAGAUUGCAGAUGGAGCCAAUGCAGUCGUCCUUGGAUCCUUAGGCGAUGUCCCUUGUCCCCUUGCUAUUAUUGGAGGAAACUGUGCCUUGCAAGGAUUUGACUGUAAAGGGAAUGACAUGUUUUGGACGGUUACAGGGGACAAUGUGCGCUCCCUAGCUUUGUGUGAUUUUGAUGGAGAUGGCAAAAAAGAGCUUCUUGUUGGAUCUGAAGACUUUGAUAUAAGAGUGUUCAAAGAAGAUGAGAUUGUUGCUGAAAUGACAGAAACUGAGACGAUCACAUCAAUGUGCCCCAUGUAUUCCAGCCGAUUUGGGUACGCACUGUCUAAUGGCACAGUUGGAGUGUAUGAACGGAUGUCACGGUACUGGAGAAUAAAAUCUAAAAACCUUGCAAUGAGCAUACAUGCCUUUGACCUUAAUUCUGAUGGCGUAUGUGAGUUGAUAACAGGAUGGUCCAACGGAAAGGUUGAUGCCCGCAGCGACCGCACAGGAGAGGUGAUCUUUAAAGAUAACUUCUCAUCAUCUAUUGCUGGAGUGGUAGAGGGAGAUUACCGCAUGGAUGGAAAAACCCAACUUAUCUGCUGCUCUAUAGAUGGAGAAGUGAGAGGCUACCUUCCUUCUAGUCAGGAAACUGCUGGGAGUCUCAUGGAUACAAGUGUGGAGCAGGAACUCGUCAGAGAACUCAGUCAGAAGAAGCAGAACCUAUUGCUGGAACUGAAGAACUAUCAGGAGAAUUCAAAGCAGGCAGAACUACGGGUUCAAGUCACUGAGCCUGAUGGGCAAAUGGGGGUGAUUCCAGCAAACACACAGCUACAGACAGCUCUGUCUGUAAACCUGGGUUCAGAGACUCAGUCUGCGCAUGUGGAGCUCAGCAUUUCUACAUCAAAUGACACAAUUAUACGUGCAGUACUUAUUUUUGCUGAAGGAAUAUUUGAGGGCGAGAGCCAUGUUGUACACCCCAGUGCCCAACAUCUCACUGGUCGUAUUCGAGUUCCCAUUUGCCCUCCGAAAGAUGUCCCUGUGGAUUUGCACAUAAAAGCUUUUGUGGGGUACAAAAGCAGUGCACACUUCCAUGUCUUUGAACUGACAAGACAGCUUCCUCGCUUUUCCAUGUAUGUGCUUAGUAACCCUGACAGUGCCCCAGAGCCUUCCAGCCAUGUCACCUUCACCAUGAGUGAACGUGUUCAAAGGGUUGUACUUUGGUUGAACCAGAACUUUCUGUUACCGGAGGACACAGAGGUGCAGAGCGCUCCAUUUCAGAUUUGUUUUACUUCACUUCGUGAUUCAGGAACCCUCCUACUUAGCAUGAAGCCCAAUGGAGAGAUCACAUUACGAACAGAUGACAUUGACCUUGCCGGAGAUAUUAUUCAGUCAUUGGCAGCCUUUCUGGCUAUAGAAGAUCUCCCAGUAGAGGCCAAUUUCCCCAAAUACUUUGAUCAGCUACGGAAGGUGCUCAUACAGGUAGACGACUCCCACUCGGUACAUCAAAAGCUAACUGCAGACAUGGCAGAUCAGUCUAACCUAGUCCGCAGCAUGCUAGUGCAGGCCGAGGACUCGCGCCUCAUGAGGGACAUGAAGAACAUGAAAAAGCGUUACACAGAACUUUAUGACCUCAACAAAGACCUGAUCAAUCGAUACAAGAUUCGUUGUAACAACCAUACAGAACUACUCAACAAUCUGAAGUGUGUAAACCAGGCUAUACAGCGAGCUGGACGUUUAAGAGUUGGCAAACCCAAAGCCCAGGUGAUCACAGCAUGCAGGGACGCAAUCCGAAGCAAUAACAUCAAUGCCUUGUUGAGAAUCAUGCGUGUGGGUGCUACUCCAUCCUAGUGGAGACAUUCAGGAUGACUGUGAACCAGCAGACACAAAGACCAAAGGAUUGUGAGACGGUCUUUAUUCUGACAUAAGGAUUACAGAUUUAUGUGGGUGUAACUGUUUCCUUCAGGCAAGAUGAAUAGACUGUGUGUACACUAAAAAGCAGAUAGUCUGGGGAUUCUGGAUAAAGGAAUGCUCCAUGUCUGUUUGUGGUGUAUUUAAAGGGGUACUCCAGUGGAAAACUUUUUUUAUUUUUUAUUUUAUUUUUUUUAAAUGAACUGGUGCCAGAAAGUUAAACAGAUUUGU